UUCAAAACAUUGUUUUUUUUUUUUUUUAACUCCUGCGGUUCACGGUGGAGCAACAGGACAGCAGGAUUUGUUACAUUAAGGAUACCCGGCGUUAGCUAACGGAUGUUUCCGGGACAGCAAUAAAUAAGAUAAUUGUUUUAGAUCGUUUUUGUUGAAUUUCGUUUCCAAUGUUCCUCGCUAGCUGUUAAAAUAGUUUACCUGCUACUAGUCAUUAGCUAAUGAAACACGAACGACUUCUGUGAAGUUUUCUCUGCAUAAACAAGUCCUCUGCCGGUAGCGCAUAUGCCUCGUUUGGAAAAGACAAAUGCCAGAGGCAGGGACAGGCCGCAGUUAGACUGGAGGUUUGUGCAGAGGUUCUGCAGCAUCCAGAAGGUCCUGUUCCCAUCAUGGACCAGUCAGAGUGCCCUGAUGUUUGGGACGCUGCUGGGCGUUACUCUGACAGAGCAGCUGAUUAUUUACCAGGUGGGAGUCCUCCCCAGCCACUUCUACAAUGUGCUGGCAGACAAAGACUACUCAGGCUUCAGGAGCCUGGUGGGCACUGCCAUGGUGCUCAUUUUAUUCAACUCCACACUGAAAAGUCUCGACCAGUACAUUUGCAAUCAGAUGUAUGUUAGCUGGAGGAAGACUCUAACAGAGAGCCUCCAUUCAGCCUACUUCCAGGGCAGAGUCUACUACACGCUCAAUGUGCUCAGGGAGGACAUAGACAACCCAGACCAGCGGAUCAGUCAGGAUACAGAGAGGUUGUGUAAGCAGAUGAGCAGCAUGGCGAGUCGCCUGAUCAUCUCACCGUUCACCCUGACUUACUACACGUACCACUGCUUUCACAGCACCGGCUGGAUCGGUCCUGUGAGCAUCUUUGGUUACUUUGUAAUCGGGACGAUUGCCAAUAAAAUCCUUAUGGGGCCAAUUGUGUCAACCCUGUUUGAGCAGGAAAAGCUGGAGGGAGACUUCAGAUUCAAGCACAUGCAGAUCCGUGUCAAUGCAGAGUCUGCAGCUUUUUACAGAGCCGGUAAAGUGGAGCACAUGAGGACGGACCGCAGGCUGCAGGCUCUGUUGCAUACUCAAAAGAGGCUCAUAAACAAAGAGCUCUGGCUUUAUAUUGGCGUGAACACAUUUGACUACCUUGGAGGCUUCCUGAGCUACAUUAUAAUCGCCAUUCCCAUCUUUAGCGGCGUUUACGAUGGCCUCAGUCCUGGUGAACUUAGUGCUCUCAUCAGCAAGAACGCCUUUGUGUGCAUCUACUUGAUAAAUGGUUUCACGCAGCUAAUAGACCUGUCAACGACUCUGUCAGAUGUGGCUGGAUACACCCACAGGAUCGGGGAGCUGAGGGAGGUGAUGGAUGACAUCCUACGCAAGCAGUGCGACUACGACCCGGCAUCAGGAGAAAGCUACGACUUUGACAGUGACUUCAACAUCCACGCAGGCCCAGUGGACACAGCCUUCAUCGUGGACCACCUUUCAUACAAAUCCCCUUUCUGUGACCAGCUGCUGGUGGAGGAUCUGUGUCUGAAAAUAUGCCAGGGAACUCAUCUGUUGGUGGUGGGGAACACGGGCACCGGCAAGACAUCCCUGCUGCGAGUCCUUAACCGUCUGUGGGAAGCACACAGUGGUUUUGUCCAGAUGACCACGUGUUUUGGGCCCAGAGGAACCCUCUUCCUGCCACAGAAACCCUAUCUGACUGAUGGCACUCUUCGUGAACAGGUGAUCUACCCACUGAAGGACAUUUACCCUACAUCAGGGUCAGUGGAUGAUGACAGAAUAAUAGAAUUCCUGGAACUAGCUGGAGUGGCCAAUCUCCUGAAACGGACGGGCGGGCUGGAUGAAAACGUAGAUUGGAACUGGUAUGACGUUCUGUCUCCAGGUGAAAUGCAGCGCCUCUCCUUUGCACGACUUUUCUACCUGCAGCCCAAAUAUGCAAUUUUAGACGAAGCCACUAGUGCUUUGACUGAGGAGGUGGAAGCACAGCUGUACCGAACCUGCAAACAGCUGGGCAUGACGUUGGUCAGUCUGGGGCAUCGCAGCAGCCUGGAGAAGUACCACGAUGUCCAGCUAAAGCUGUGUGGUGAAGGCCGAUGGGAGUUAACCAAGUUAAAAGGAGCCAGCGGGAAUCUCAGUUUCAGAGACGAAGCAAUGUGACUGCGGUCAUGUUUUUGAAAUGCCUUCAUUAGUGUCUGUGUUUACAUGGAGCCUUUUGGAAGAGAAAAUUCUUCAUAGAACUAAAUCAAACUAGUACUUAAUUUUAGAGCGUGGUGACUGAAAAAAAUUGUAUUAUCUGAUCACUUUCUGGCUCCGUUUCUCCUAUGCAUGCCAUGUUAUCUCCUUCCAAAAACUGCAGCUUCCAAACUGAACUGGUGUUCAGUGGAGAGUUUGUUUUAAUCCAAAGCUUUUUAAGAACUAAGAACAAGACAGUAAGAUACUGUAGCAGUAUCUCCAUGAAGACUGCUUCAUGGAGCUGAUCAAACACAUGCUGAACAGAUAAGGCAGACGGAUGUACUGUAAGACUAUACUGAUUACAUUGUAUUAAAUUAUAUUCUGUGUAAACUGUUGGCCCAGAAUAUUCCAUCAGUGUGGGAAUAAGAUACAUAAAGGCUCCUUAUUGUGUCACUCAAU